UCUCUUAUCCUGCAGGUUGCAACCUCUCUCUCCUACACACAUUCUCAUCAGCCCAACUGGACUGCAUACAUUUUUUUAAGUUUCAAGGCACUUGUUUUUUUUUUCAGACAAAAAUGAGGACCAUUCUAGUGUGUGCCACUCUUGUACUCGCAGCCACCUGCCAUGCAGCGGACUUACCCGGUACUUCAUACCAGAGAUGGGAUGCAAGAGGACCCCACACUCUGGGGGAAGACUCAGGCACCCCGGGCGCCUGUGCCAUAAAACUAAGACCGUCGGGCCAAUGCGGGGGCUCUGGGACGGGAGCAGAGGAAGGGGGAGAGGAGUGCCCCUACCAGGUAACCCUACCCCCUCUCACCAUCCAGCUGCCCAAGCAGUUCAGGCUGCUGGAGAAAACGAUGAAGGAGCUGCAGAGCCUGAAGGAGGUGGUGAACAAGCUGAAGAGCAGCUGCCAGGAGUGCCGCGGAGCAAGGGGAAGCGGCGUCUACGGACAUCAGCAAGCGGACCAGGGACAGACAGGGGCUGAUGUGGCGGGCCUGGAGGGGCAAAAUGGGUCCAGCCAAGAAGAGCGGGACAAUGUGAUGGUGUCAGGAGCUACUGUGGAGGGACAUGGAGCUAAUUUUGGGAAAACGACAACUAGUCCAAGCAGCAUGCAGGAGAUGCAGGUGAAACUUAACAGGAUGUCUGUGAGCCUGCGUAAUGCCAAGAACCACAUCACCUCCCUGCAAGGUCGCAUGGAGGGCCUAAACCUCCUCAACAUAGACAACGUCCAGGCCAUGGUGGACAGACGUGUGGAGAACAUCAGCGGAGUGGUCAACAAGCUGAGCUCCACCUGCACCUCACAGUGUGCGGUGCAGAAUACGCCACAGUUCAUCUUGGCCCCGAGAGACUGUUCUGACUACAAUGUGCUGGAGACCAGGAAGAAUGGGGUGUACCGUGUGACCCCCGAUCCCCGCAACGGGACGUUUGAGGUCUUUUGUGACAUGGAGUCUUUCGGAGGGGGCUGGACGGUUAUACAGCAGCGGCUCGACGGCUCCGUCAGCUUCAACCGCAGCUGGACGGAAUACAAGAAGGGCUUUGGGAACCUCAGAGGUGAGUUCUGGCUGGGCAAUGACCACAUUCAUCUGCUGACAAAGGCCAAAGACAUGACACUGCGCAUUGAACUGGAGGAUUUUGAGGGUGUGAGAGAGUACGCCAAGUAUGACCAGUUCUACGUGGCCAAUGAGUUCCUGCGAUACAAGCUGUCCAUCAGCGGAUACAGUGGGACUGCUGGGAACGCCAUCAGCUUCAACAAGCACUUCAACCACGACCAAAAGUUCUUCUCCACCCCUGACCGCGACAACGACAUGUACCCCUCGGGAAACUGCGGCACCUACUACAGCUCCGGCUGGUGGUUCGACGCCUGCAUGUCGGCCAACCUUAACGGCAAGUACUACCACAAAAGGUACAAGGGGGUCCGGAACGGCAUCUUCUGGGGGACGUGGCAUAACAUGUCCACGGAGUACUACCCCACCAACUACAGGCAGGCCUUCAAGACGGUCAAGAUGAUGAUAAGGCCCAAGAAUUUUGCUCCGUAAGAGGAUGGGAAAAGUGGAGUAUAGAACCAGAAACAUGCACAUGUACUUACCGCCAAACCGUACACAAGCCUGUUAGAACGCAGUCCAAACAAAACCAAAAGCGCUGUGGCGAAUAUAGCCUUCUAAAUGUUGAAUUAAAACAACAAUAAAGGACAAUGGACUGGAUCACACAAGCUGUGUAAAGCUAGCCUCCAGCAGGGGCCAUCAUAUUCAACUGUGGAUGACUCUUCCACUGGUUCUCUGUCAAUAUCCUUUUUUUUUUCAGCUUGAACUCAGCUCAGCGCAAAGAAGUAGUUAAACUAAUGAGCUAUCAUUUACCCCCACCAAUAAUUAACAACGGCAAUUCAGAGCUCUCUUUUUUGGGUGGCAGUGACACCACACUGUUUGAGCAAGAGUGCACAAGUAAUAGCUUUUUUUAUUUUUUAUUAUACCCAUCACUCUAAAGAAUAUGAAGCAUUCCUGCAUAAAAAGGCAUCCCAUUGUGCAUUGUUUUUUUUUCUAUUGGAGUAUUGAACUACUGCAAGCACUUGUACAAUAUCGCCUCCCAGUGUCAAACAACUGUAUUGCAUCAUUGUAUUCCUUCUUCCACACACUGUGAAUGAAGAAGGCAGGAGAGAAUGAUUAUUUUUUUGCUUCCAUUUUAAAAGACGUGUACAGUAUUUAUUCAAAUUUUGUGAGGUUUACCUGUGCAGGAGUCAUACAAAAGCAAGUUCUGAUAGUAAUGAAUAAUGAUGAUGUGAAUAUUUGGGCAAUGAGAAAGAUUAUGCAUUGUUGUGGCCAUUUGCAUCAGCGAUGAUGAGCGCCUGGAGCUUUUUUUGUGUGUACAAUAUCUUUUCUAUCAAUCAUAUUCAUUUUUCAUCCCAAAGGAUAUGCACUUUUUAUAUUUAAAAAAAUAAAGUUCAAUUUAAAAGGCAAA